AUGGAAAUCGAAUAUUGUAUGGACGUGGUAAAGCCUUGUAACUUGACGAGAAAGCGACAGGCUGUUCUAGAAUCUCGUACUGAUCACCGCACGAAUGUGGGUUUGAGUUAAUUUACUUUCCUUUUGCACGUGUCUUAACAAUGGUUUUAACGUACUUUUCGCUGUUUUCGUUCUUUCUUUGUUCGUUCUUUGUUAAUCUGGGUUGUAAAUAGUUUGUUGGGAAAGUAAUUCCAAAUCAGGGAUCAAUUUUGUACUCCACAGUUUUUCAGCUUUCGCCACUCACGCGAAAUAGGUUGAAAUGUCUUAUGAUAAUAUAAGUUAAUUUAAGCUUUAAUAAUGUUUUAGUGAAUAGAAAGAUUACAUUGAUUUUAACACUGUCAAUUUGUUUUUUAGAAGCGGCCAUGUCUAGAAAACUCUUCGUGGCAGGCAGAAAAUAUGCUCAAUCAGGAAACAGAAAACAGAUCGCUACAUUCCAGACAGUCCCUAGCAGAACAUAGUCAAUAUCCAAGUCCUCCUACUUUAAAUGUUCACAUAGACAUAAACUGUAAUGUAGUACAUGAACAUGCAAAUCAAGUAAAUGAGGUUCAAGGAAUGGAGCUAGCAUAUGAUUCAGCAAAUGUUCAUCAGUAUCACCUACCGUCCUCAACAGUAAGCGAACGAGAGUUGUUUAUGGCUAAUCGUUCAUCACUGCCUACCUGCCCCCGCUGUUUGACAGGAGAACCAGUAAGUAAAGGACAUUAACAUACAAUCCAAUGUCUCCAUACCUAUAAGUUUUUAUUGCGGAUAAUUCUCCGACGCCAAAAGACACCAACCUUCAUACCACUGAUACCAUCCCAAGGGUUUGCAGUAAGAAUUCUUGUAGCAGGAGAAAGGAGGAACGUUACAGGAGAAUAUAUUGAAAGAGACCCCACAUCUAAAUUAAAAAUAGUCAUAGGCUAUCGAAUGCUAGCCAGAGAUGGCUAAUGAACACCCUGCGUCCCUACCUAUCUAAUACAGACACUUUAGUAAUGUCCACACUAGGAUCUGUUGCUUUGAUGUCCACAGUAAUAAAAGGGUUUGACUGUACCAGAGAAUCAUAACACUCACUGAAGAAUAGGGGAGAGGAACUUCCUGUAUCCUACUUCCCUGCCCCACUCUCAGUGAGAGAUUAACCUUUUCCAGUAUUUUACACAAUGGUGUCCCUUAAUGUUUUAAUGCCUCUUGAAAGGACAAGGUCACCCUGGAAGAUGAUUCUCAUAAGUCCUUCACACCAUAGAAUUUCAUUCACAGACUCAAAAGUUAAGACCACAAUGUACUGCAUAAGAAACAGUACUUCAGGAAAGUACUGCUUAGUAGCUUUCAUUUGAAUGGUCACACCAUAGGAUUUCAUCCACAGACUCAAAAGUUAGAACAACCUUGUACAGCAUAAUAAACAGUACCACAGGAAAGUACUGAUCAGUAGCUUUCAUUUGAAUGGUCACACCAUAGGAUUUCAGCCACAGACUCAAAAGUUAGAACAAGCUUGUACAGCAUAACAAACAGUACCACAGGAAAGUACUGCUCAGUAGCUUUCAUUUGAAUGGUCACAUCAUAGGAUUUCAUCCACAGACUCAAAAGUUAGAACAACCUUCUACAGCAUAUAACCCUGCGAGCAGAGGCCCUUCGAUCUUCCCACUGCUUGCAGGGUAACAGCAUAAUAAAACAGUACCACAAGAAAGUACACUGCUGCUUAGUAGCUUCAUUUACACCACAGGAUUUCAACUGCAAUUGACUAAAAGCAACAGAGAAUAGUGGGACAGACAAGGAAACACCCAGUCUAGCACUUGGGAUAUGUCCCCCACCAAAGUUAAUUUUAGAACAAAUAAAUGCUUGAAAUUUAUUGCAAGUUGGUUUCCAGAAAGAUCCGCAAACUUUUGUUUAGUGUUGUCAUGAGAGAAUUCUACAGUUGCCAUUAUAAUAUUCUGCAUUGUUUGCUUUGAGGCACGGGCAGUCAUGCGUGGAUUUGAGGAUGUUUCAAACAAUUGAUUAAAAUGUGCAGAUGUCUGAGGAAUGAGACUUCCUUUCAAUUGCAUCCUCUAAACAUAACUUUGGUGUAAGUCACAUAUUUCGGCCGAUGUCCUAUGAUUCCCUCUCUGUCCGAUUAUUCUCUAUUGCUAAGAAAGACUACGAGUAGUCCCCCAUUUUUUCCUCAGGGAUAGUAGAGCGAGCGAAAUGCGAGCGCACAUGAAAAUUACCCCACGUGAGAAAGGCGAGACGCAGUGGUGUGGUUUUCACACACACUCGCGUUUUGCUCGCUUUACUAUGCCUGAGGACAAAUGGGGGACUACUUGUAGUCUAUUGCUAAGAGGGUUCAUGAGACUUAGCUGACAAACUCUGUUAUGUCUAUUUACAGGGGCACAUCAGUCAUAUUCAGCUGUCCAGUUAACCACAAACAGAGAUAUACUACAUCCAUGCUGUUGUUCUAAACAUUCAUAAACAUGCGUUUUCCUUCAUGUACUUAGUCAUCUUUUCUACACAGAGUUCUCUUCUGCCACCAUGUACAUACGCACUUUUGAAGUGUUGUAACUUGUUAUUAAAAACUUGUUUUUUUUUAUCAUUAUUUACAAGAGUGUACAGGGUCAAAUUUUUAUUUCUUUUGAAACAGUUUAUUGAUAUGAAAAUAAAAGCGAAAGUAACUAGAAGG